UUUUAGUCAAAGUUUAGGCCAUACGAAAAUAUUUAUUUACGAUACAACAAAAGUUUGACGUGGGUUGGAUGCUCGUAAGUGAAAAGAGGGGCGAGUGUGAUUUUCAAAAUUCCAAUUUCAAAACGGUUAUUGUCAACAUCCCUUCUCUUCCCAACUGACAUUUUGGUUCCGGCGACGGAAGCCAGAGAUGAUCGGUCAAACUCACAAUCAACCGAAGGCGUCUUCGUCGGCAAAUGAUGAAGCUCGUAAUCAGUCGGAGAAAAAUGCCGCCGCAUUCGGGCAGUGGUCGUUGAAGAACUUCGAAAUCGGGAGACCUCUGGGAAGAGGAAAAUUCGGCAGAGUCUAUGUCGCUCGAGAAGUCAAGAGCAAGUACAUUGUGGCUUUGAAGGUGCUUUUCAAGGAACAAAUUGACAAGUACCGUAUCCAUCACCAGUUACGGAGAGAGAUGGAGAUUCAGUCCACCCUCAAACAUCCCAACGUUCUACGCCUCUAUGGCUGGUUCGACGACGAAGACCGAAUUUUCCUUAUACUCGAGUACGCUCAUGGAGGUGAGCUCUAUGGCGUGCUGAGGGAGCGCGGCUACUUGACGGAGAGAGAAUCUGCAACGUAUAUUGCCAGUCUCGCGAACGCCUUGGCUUAUUGCCAUUCACAGGAUGUGAUUCACAGAGACAUUAAGCCGGAGAAUCUCUUGCUGGAUCAUGAGGGUCGUUUGAAGAUUGCGGAUUUUGGGUGGUCGGUUCAAUCGAGAAGCAAGAGGCAUACCAUGUGUGGAACUUUGGAUUAUCUAGCUCCAGAGCUGGUCGAAAACAAGGCUCACGAUUAUACAGUUGAUAACUGGACGCUAGGUGUACUUUGCUAUGAGUUCCUCUACGGUGCUCCUCCCUUCGAAGCUGCGAGGCAGCAUGAUACGUUCAAAAGGAUCGUGAAGGUUGAUCUUAGCUUCCCGCCUAAUCCUCCAGUCUCGAAGGAAGCGAAAGACUUAAUUAGCAGACUUCUUGUGAAGGAUUCUGCUAAGCGUCUCUCUCUUAAGAAGCUUAUGGAUCAUCCAUGGAUAAUCAAGAAUGCAGACUCGAAAGGUGCAUGCAUCCAGUAGAUAUCUGUGCUCCUGGUAGAUUCCACAAUUUAGAGUUGGUAUUUGUGGAAUGAGCGAGGCUUUUAGGAUUUAGGGAUUUCUUUGUUUUGGAGUAAAUUGCAAGAUUGGUCAUUGUGUUUACUAAAAACGUUCUAGUUUGGUCACUGCAAAUUAAUUUCAUUUGUGAUCACUAAGAUUAAUUCAAUAGUUCAAGUUUGGUCACUCUCCGUUAGUCUCUGUUAAUUUUUGCUUAUGUGGCAGUCAACUCUUAUAGUUGACCGUAAAAUGAGUGAUGUAGCCAUUAAAAAAUAUUAACUAAUAAAAUUCAAACAUUUAC